UAAAAAACCCAGGCGGAAGUUAUCGAGCUGUGUUUGUGGACGCCGCAGAGACACGUUGUCAGUCAAGCUAUUCUCACAAUACUCAACAUUUAUUCAUUGCUUACAUUUCGUUUAAAUCGCUGCUUAUUUGUUGUAACUACUUGAACAGAAUCGCUUUCAAUUGUCCUUUUGACGUGACUAGUAACCGGAAGUGUAUCAAACAUAAGCUAACUCGAGUUAACCCACGGUCUCCCCCCCCCGGAUGUGUUCAUUUAUGCGGUUUGAAAAUGACAACCACGUUUUUCGUGUUGUUUACUGUGCUGUGCUGCUGCUCGGUUAAUGCCACUCUGUCAAAAACGGACGCAAAGAGGUCGAACAAAGUGGAGACUCAGGCUUCCCCAGCACACGCGACCGUGUCGGAGAGAGGGCUUGUGGAGGCGGAGGUCCACUGGAAGGACAUUGUGAAGGAGGAGAAGAGAUACUCUUCUCACAUCAGGAGAACUUUUCCUGGAGCAGUUCUUGGUUAUGUUACACCUUGGAACUCUCACGGUUAUGACAUCACCAAGCUGUUUGGGCCCAAGCUGACGUCUGUGUCUCCUGUGUGGCUUCAACUCCGCCGCCGAGGACAGGAGACCUUUGAGGUGACGGGGCUCCACGACCACGAUCCAGGCUGGGUCAAAGCUGUCCGCAAGUCCAACAAAAAGAUCAGAUUGGUGCCGAGGUUGCUGUUUGACGGCUGGUCGUACCAGGACUACAUGAGCGUGCUGGCCAGUGAAGAUGAGAUCGAGGAGCUGGGAAGUGAACUAGUGCAGGUUGCAAAGACUGAAGGAUUUGAUGGUUUCACACUGGAGCUGUGGAGCCAGCUGGCGGGCAACAAAAGAAAGGAAUUGGUCCAUUUGGUGAAACACAUCUGCGAAACGUUGAAGGGCAAAAACUUUGACUGCAUCCUCGUCAUCCCCCCUGCUGUGACAAGCACGGGGCAGUCUGGCAUGUUUGGAAGGGAGGACUUUGAGCAGCUCGCUCCUGCAGUAGAUGGCUUUAGUCUCAUGACCUACGACUACUCAAACGGUGCCAGACCUGGACCAAACGCCCCCCUGUCCUGGGUCAAAGACUGUGUCCUCCAGCUGGCACCCAAGACAGAAUGGAGGUCAAAGAUCCUGCUCGGACUCAACUUGUAUGGCCUGGACUUUGUCAAUCAGGGGGCGGAGCCAAUACUCGGGGGAAGGUAUGUAGAGAUUUUACGUGAACACAGACCCAAACUCCUCUGGGACGAAUAUUCUGCUGAGCAUUACUUCACAUACAAGAGGAGCAACGGGGUUAAGCACGUUGUGUACUAUCCGUCCUUAAAGUCAGUGCACAUGAGGAUCUCCCUGGCUGAAGAACUGGGUACAGGUAUCUCCUUAUGGGAACUUGGACAAGGAUUGGACUACUUCUAUGACCUCCUAUGAGAACUUUGUUCAUCAGCACAAGGAUUUGUGGAAUCAUUUCGCACUACAAAGGCAAGCACUGCACAGAUGAAUUUUUUUGAGACUUAAAAUGAGACUUAAUAUUUAAACAAUAGUACUUGAAUCUGUGGAAAAAAGGGUGGUGGCUGACAAAACACUUAUGUGGUUCAAGUGAAAGUACGAGUGUAUGUUUGAAGUGUUCCGUUCAAGAUCAAUGAAAUUGUGAAAUGACUAAGCUUACUUGGCGCUAGAAAGCAGAAUUAAAUUGUUGACAGCGAGCCAGGUGGACUGCAUGUUCUGUCCAGUGAUCAGAUGUCUGUCUGUGACCACGUGCACGGCGUCUUCUUGGCUUGCUGGGGAAAUAAAAGAGGGACUUGAGUUUUUACUAA